ACGCCGUGGCUUUCGUCCGCCUCCUCCACGCCCCCCUCAUUCUCACCGCUCCCCCCCACAUCCACGGAUCCACCUCGCCUCCUCCCUCCCUCCCUCUCUCUGUCUCUGGCUCCCUGCACGCCUCCGCUCCACCGCGUGGGCGCUCUGGUGGCGGCUGCUCGGCACCGGACCAAGCUAGCCAUGACGGCGGUCGACGCCGAGCCCUACGCGGUGGUCGCGACGGCCGCCGACAUCAUCUGCUCGCUCCGCGGCGCCGACCUCGCCGGCUGGACGCCGCCGUGGCGCAAGGGCGCGGGGGCGCCGGACCUCCCUCCCGCCUGCGACGGCAGUCAGGAGGCUGUGGCGGAGGAGGGCGACCCGCGGGGGCUGGCGUGGCCGGCCGUGGCGCGCGGGAAGCGCUCGCGCUCCCGGCGGGCUGGGUCCCCGUCGGCCUCGGGCUCCGCCUCCGCCUCCGCGGGGCCAGCGGCUGUGGCGUCGAAGGAGGACGGGAGGAAGAAGAAGCCGCGGCGCGGCGCGCGGGGCAGCCCCGCGUCGCCCCUCGACUACAGCGGCUCCGGCGCGUCGACGAGCGGUGGCGAGGACGGGGCCUUCUGCUCCCAGCCCGCGGCGCCCGCUGCUCCGGCGGCCGCCGCCGCCGCCGCCGCAGCCGCGCCCAGCAGCAAGGUGGGCGGCCUCGCCGGACGGCGGUCGAUCCUCCCGGUGCCGCCUCCCCGGCCCGCCGGGCAGCGGCCGCGGAAGAAGAUGAGGCUUCCGGAGAUCCAGCAGCUGGUGCGGUCGCUGUCGGUGGAGAACGACGCCCUCCGCGAGGAAAUGAAGGCGCUGCAGAGGGCCUGCACGGCGCUGUCCAAGGAGAACGGCAAGAUAGAGACAAGGAUAGAUCACUCGAGUAAGCAGAACAAAGGGAAGCCACAACAUGGUCAUGAGCGCGUCGCAACUGAGCAAGAUGCUCAGAACGGCUUCGUGCUCCCUGACCUCAACCUCCCGGCAGACGACUGAUGGCUGAAAUUCCUUGGUGGCUGCAAUCUUCAGAUCUGUUUCAGCGCGUUAACCUGAUAAUUAACUGUACAUAGACGAAGCUUGGCCACAAGGGAUUCUCGAUUCUGAUCACACGCGAGGAUACUGAAGAAGUGACGGAGCGGCUUACGUUUGUUUCAGAAGUUGUUGAAAUCUAGGGUGUAGAGAUGCCAUCGCGAUCCUCCUGUAUGAAUAGUGUUGCAUGUUCAGACAGAGGGGGAUCGGUUUACCUUUGUUUUUCUGAUGAUUAAGGUUCUUUAGUUGGUACCCCGCGCAACUGUGGAUGAAUGCGCUGAGGGAUAUAUAUUUAAUGUUUUCAUGUAGCUGAGGCUUCAAAAAUGAACCUAUAGUAUAGUUUCUUUUCAUCUAAAUAUAUACAUAGCUCAAACUGUUGAGACUGGAGUUUUUUUUU